UGCAAGGGGCCGUCAGGAAACUAGUCGUGGGCAACGUGCUGUCAGACGUACCCAUGGAGAAGGGUCUUGGGCACCGGGUGCCAUGUUCAUCGGGCCGCCCAAUCGUACCAGCCACGGCGCAUAUAUGCAUCUGCAACGCACUCACCAGGGGAUUUGGAGAACGCCGAAGAGAGAGCAGCUAGUGGCAUGAAUAGUGCACCAUUCGUAAGCGGCUGUGGACACCGGACUGCUGAGAGUCAACACCGUUUCCCCCAUCACAUCACAAAGCCCAAUAUAUGCGCGACUGGACCUUCGGGCCUGUCUAGCUCCGACCGGGACGCUCUUCAGCUGUACCGUCUCCCGUAUCGCGGUUGUCGACCGGCGAAGACGUUAUAGCGCAGACGAACGAGAUGCUUGUGCCGUCGGUAGGAGCGUGCAUCCGAGUGUACGGGUCGAUGAUGAAAACUCCCGUGCCAUCGAUAUCCUGGCCUGUCCACCACACAUUGAGCGGGAAUGAGGAUCAAGGGAGAAUCGAUGAGUGCGAGGCCACAUGUGCGUCGUAUCGUCGUUUAGGUUUGAGAUAUUCGUCCUUGCACAGCAUGCUAUUGAUUCGGACGACGCCCUGAUACUUUCCUGCUACAUCGUGGUGACGGGAUUUCCGACAGAAUUGUACAAGUGGUCUGUCCUCCAGAGCUAGUCCGGUCGGCCGGGCAGGUCCUAUCGUGGAGCCUUGUCGACAGCGCGACGGUGGACAGGUCACAUCAGCCAAGCUACAGCGAGGGCGUGCGAUGGUAGCCUGUGUCACUUUCCGCAUACUGUGGUGAAUAGGAUAUGGGCCGGUCGAGUUCGUUGCGUCGGAGCAUAGUGAUGGAAUGGAGGAGCACGUUUCGCCUCAAAACGGAUCUUCUGAAUCUAGGUCCAUCUCUCGACGAGAUAGGGGCGGGGUGGAUGGGUGCCUAGAGGCUGAUAGACGCAUCGAGGUCGUCGAUAUAUCUUCCCUCCACCUUUUAUUGGGACGACUUUCCUGGACUGCGAAGGAGAAUGUUCUCGAAAGCCACUGCUCACGGCUCUGGAGUCUGGAAAUAGCUUUGGCCUAUCCGGCCACUCCGAUGAGAGGUAUACGUCAUGUCGGCAUUGUACAUGAUGGCCAGAUAAGCAUCUACAAGCCUAAUUAGGCGAGGGAGAUCCGCAGAUCUCGGGGGUUUUGUCCCAGCUGUCACGCUGAACUGCGGAUCGCAUGGAUUUUCGCCUAUUGUUGCGAUUCAUCGGGGACGCCGCCAUGAUGACCGAGGCCGGGUUAACAGCCAGCAUACGAAGUGAAAAAUCGCUAUAGCCGCUUGACCGUUGCGGAAAAUUUUAUCUCUUAUUGCUUGGACUUGUUCAAGAUUCCGUACUUGAUUGAGUUAUCAGAAAUUGAACCAUGUUCGCGAGAAUAGAG